UAGUGAUAGAACGAAAUUUGACACAGUUAGUCUAUCAGCUGUAAUUUUCCAUUUGAUCGUUGAUAGAGAACUCAGAACGCCUAUCAUGAUUUCAGUGUAAAGUGAUCGCUCAAAAGAGGGCCGGUCGAAUGAACGUUACACUCAGUGAGCUCACGUGUAGUUAAACCGAGAGGAUUCCGAUUUUGACUCUCAAUGAGUUACGCUGACAUGACGGCUUGCCUUCUCUCUCUCUGCUGCUCUCUUUAAUUUCCAUUGCUUGCUUGGAUGAGAUAAACAAAAAUGACAACAAUGAUCCACACACUGAACCUGAAGUUGCCGACCCCAUCACCACCGUUGAGUGCAACAGCUGCUCUUCGGAACGGACCACUCCCGGUGUUUUUAUUCCCGACAAGCGGGAGUUUUUUCCCGACGGACCGGAACUCAAUACCAAUGGCCACCUACUGUGGACCUUUUGCAGCAACUGCUGAACGUUCCGGCCCAGCGCUACAACAGAUACAUCGCGUGGAAGAGCCGCGACACGGGCUUUUUCGAGACCUUAGACCCUGCUGGGUUGGCCAAGCUGUGGGACAAGCAAUAGAACCACUAAACUACGACAAGAUGUCGCGAGCGCUGCGUUACUCUUACCAGGACAACAUUCUGCGCAAGGUGCAGCGUGAGCGUCGGAUGGGUAAUCCAAGUUUUCGGCGUGCUGGAUGACGGCGAAGUGAGUCGCUGAGCUUGAAAUUUAAAAUUGCAAUUAAGUCCUAAAAUGAAGCAUAGAUUGCUGUUUUGAUUAAACACAACAAUAAAGCUUUUUUUAGUGCAAUGAAACUUUUUAACACUUUUUUCUCGGGGCCGGUGAUUUAAUGGUAAGCGUAGUUGCCUCUCGUUGGCCUGGGCUCGGUCUUAGUCGUCCCCAGUAGCAUUUUUCGAGACGAGAUUUGUCUCAUCACGCAUUCCGUCAGGCGUUUGUCCUGCUCAG